AUGGAUGGCAUCCUCAAGCAGAGUGUCAAUACUACCCACUGGCAGGGUCAAUACGCACCUUUUGCCUUCCAAAACUCGAGGCUCUCAAUGGUCGUCCAAGGUGCCACUGACAUGAUUUUUCAUUCCCCUGCACGUACGGGGGUCAUAGAUGGUAGUGGACAAGCGUGGUGGGCCGCAUUCAUCCGUCCCUUUUUUCCCCAAAAGAAGAGCAGUUCAACACUUCGACCAAUCCUGUGGACUGUCGCCAACUCUACCCGCGUCACAUUUGAUGGAAUCAAGAUGAUCAAUUCACCCAUGUGGUGCACACACCAUUUGUUCAUCAAGUUCCGCACGCUUAUGAGAUUGCUUAGGUUCAAUCUUGUUGCAUCUUUUUCGUACAUCAACUACUACAACAUGAACAUCUCCGCUGUCAUGACAUCUUCCUCUGCGCCUAUCAAGAACACAGAUGGAUUUGAGCAAGUCUCUCCAUGGAAUGGACAAAGAGAAUGA